UGUACUUGAACACUAUCGCUGUCGUAGGUGUAAUAUAGUUAAUUGAAACCGUGGCCUCGAGUUUUCCCGAAGCCCUUUCAUUCAGCUUAUGAUGAUGGUAUACUAUCUGUCUUUGAAUGCACAUUUAACUCGAUAAUCCACUCAAAGCAAAUAGCAGGUUUCAAGGCCACUACACUUGUUAUAAUAAUAGUGCUCAAGUAUCUUGACAAAAGAUGGUUGCUCUGUCUAUACUGUACUUGAUUGGAGCACUUGAGAAACAGAUUAAGAAGAUAUACGUGCUGCACUUUUUAAGAACGAUAAAGCUCGCAAGUGCUAACUUCCGCCAAUGCGACCGUGUUUCCAGCAUUAUUAUGCACUCAGUCUAGCCCGAAUACCCUAGUUUACACGAACAAAUGACUUUUAUGAUGUUUUUGGCGUCUCAAAACAUAAAACACGAUUAGAGUAGUUUGAUUCCUGAAUUUAAUGAAUGAAAAACAUGGAAUGCGAUCAGUGUCCGCAGUCCGUGACUAGUGUUGUUCAAUACAGUUCAAAACUCAGUUAUUUUUAGUUAAUCAAAAAUGCACUGCAUGACCGGUUGUAGUCCAAUUCUUGAACAAAUUACUGCAAGCUAAUUAUUUUUGUGAAAUCAGAAAUAUACAACACGAUCAGCGUAGUCCGAUUCUUGACUAAUGAGUCGCAUGACUUGAUUAUCUGAUUAUUUUUAACGAAUCAAAAGCACAGCUUUUUUUUACGAUUAUGUUUAGUGAAUCGAAAUGAUACAGCGUCUUUUUCUUCUGGUUCUUUUUCGGUGUACAAAAAGCAAUUAUAAAUCAAACCGAGUUGGUAUCAUAGGUUAUUAAUAAUUGUCAUGUCCGGUUUAAUAUUUUUCUCACUCGGCUGUACAGCUUUCAUUUUAUGAAACAGAGCAGCGUGAACAUUCUGCAAAACAUCUCCUUUGAAUUGCACAGAAGAACGAAAGUCCUACCGGUUUGAAACCACGUUCAGUUCUUUUAAGCAAACUAAUAUUAUUAAAGCUCAAAUCAAUAGCAGAGUCACACUGAGUAUAUUCGGAUCCCGAUUCUCUUCCUCUUGUUCCUGAUGGUUCUCAAUGGGGAGCUCAUUAUAUGAUGCUCCAUUGAUUAUCACAGGCUCAAUCCAUUAUGAAUAAUUACUUGCCUUCAUGGUGAUUGCGCUGCCUGAGAAUAAUGAACAACACGUGAGAAUGCAGCGUGGGCUCCUGUUGAUCUCAAGCCUCUCGUAUUCUCACACACACACACACACACACACACACACAUACACGUGCGUGUGCACACACAUAUAAACCAGGGUUCUCCACCGCAGCUUCACUAAAGGGAGCUGCGCUCUCUCAUGCACACGUUCCUCACACAAUGUGAGAUGGGAUAAGAUGAGAUGCCAUUAUCCGCACAUCUCCCAUCAUGCCGAACGACACAGAUGUGCCGCUGUCUGCGUGCGCUCUGGGACGCGGCUCGCGCAUCUCCCUCGCCACCGUCUACUCCUUCAUGUGCAUUGUGGGAAGCGUCCUCAACCUCCUGGUUAUCUAUUUGGUGGUGACGUUCAAGAAGCUCCGCACAGCCAGUAAUGCGUUUAUCGUGAGCGGCUGCGUGGCGGAUCUUCUGGUCUGUGCUUUCUGGAUGCCCCACGAAGCAGUGGCCACCUCCACUGGGACAUUUUUGGUGAUUGGCUACCAGGCGUUCAAAGAAGCGCUGCUGUUUUUGGGAAUCACCGUGUCGCUGCUGUCCCACUCGCUUAUUGCAGUCAACAGGUAUGUUUUGAUCACCAAAACCCCUGCUGUGUAUCAAAGCCUUUAUCAGAAGAGAAACACCGAAUGGAUGAUUGCAGGAUCGUGGCUCAUCUCCUUGGGCUCCUUGUUCCCGUGGAUCACGUCCUUUCGGUACCCCCCCGAGAGGUGCCGGGACGCCGCCGACGCGUCGUUCGUCAAGGGAACAUCGGUGUCUGUUUUGUCCAGUCGGUUCGCUGCUGGUACACUUGCGUUUACUAUCAUCGGACAGACUUUGGUGGUGGUGUACUGCUACUUUAAAAUCUUCCGCCGAGUGCAAACGAGUGUGAAAAGAGUCAGUAUUUUGAAUUUCCAAAUCGUGAACAACCUUCCUUAUUCGUUCCCCAGAAAGGACAAGCGACUCGGUUUUUACGUUCUCGCAGUCUGCUUUAUUUUUAUUCUUACGACCGAGCCGAUUUUUUGGGUUCUCGUGGCAGGACUCUUUGCCCCGGUGUCCGUGGUGCUUUGGACGUCAGCGUGGAUUGUGUUCUGCACUAUUUUCGUGUCCAAUCCUUUUCUGUACACCUGGAAGAACGAGGAGUUUCGGAAGUCCUUCAGGUCUGUGAUGAGAGGGGACUUCUUGCGGGGAUCCACGGUUGGAGUCGAGCCCAUCACCAUCAAUACUAUUUCUCACAUCUUCCCGAGACAAAACAGCCGCAGGGCAUUUCUGGGUGAGAUGAACUGAGCUAGACCUGAAUGAAAGAAAUUUCGCUCGUGCCUGUCCAAAAUGCUUCUACUUUCUGCUGGUGAUUUUUCAGUCACAAUGAGCUGCAUGUGUUUUGUACAGUUUUUGAAAUAUUUUUUUGUGAAAGUUGAAGUGUGAAGUGUUUUUUGCACAACUGUGAAGGCUAUGAAUGUUCAAAUAAAUCAUAAAAAUCUCAA